AUGGAUGCAUCUUUUAGAGGUCUUAGUUAUGUCUUGAUGCAAGAUAGUCGGGUUGUAACUUAUGCUUCUCGACGAUUGAGACUACAUGAAGAGAACUAUCCUACAUAUGAUUUAGAAGUUACAACGAUGGUGUUUGCUCUAAAGAUUUGGCGCCAUUACCUAUAUGGUGCAAUGUUCACUGUGUUUAGCGAUCAUAAGAGUAAAGCUAAUGUAGUUGUUGAUGCUUUAAGCCUGAAGACUUUGCAUGUGGCAAAUCUAAUAGUGGACAAAAUUUAUGUACUUGAUGAUGUUGAAUUGAGAAACAUCAUAUUGAGUGAGGCUCAUUGUAGUAAGUACACGAUCUAUUCGAGAGCUAUAAAGAUGUACCAGGACGUGAAGCGAUAUUGGUGGUGGCCUGGUAUAAAGAAAGAUGUAAUGAAGUUUAUGACUCAGUGUUUAACCUGUCAAAAGGUUAAGGUAGAGCACCAAAGACCAGCAGGAAUGUUACAACUAUUGGAUAUUCCUAAGUAG